UUCCUAAUCCUACGCGGCUCCUUCGGAUUUUGCUGAUAAAUAAUAGAAUAGAAUAAUAUUUAAAUGGCAGCACCACACCAUUGAUCCGAUUCUCUCUCUUUCCCUUGUUUUCAACGGCACCCUCUUAUGCUUUAUUGAUCCGAAUAUUCAUUUUUUUCUCUCCAUUAUUCGUCUCUCUCUCUCUAGAUGUCUGUUCUCUGAUAUUUGGCAUCAUAUUUCUAAUCCUGAAAGACGGGCAAUUAUUGGCAACUGUAAAUUCUCGUUCAUGGUUGACCUCUUCCAUUAACUGAAGUUAUAGAAAGGACUUGAUACACAACAGUGGCUGUUUUUAGAUGAUAACCACUGGUUGCAGCUUGUAGAGGCUGCAUUUAAGCAUGUUGAUAAUUUUUUGGUUGAUAUUUAAUCAUUCUUACAAUGAGAAGCCAGCAUUUUACUACAUAUUAUAUUAUCUGGUGGAGAUAAUAAGCAACGAUGCCUGUAUACAGUUGAUUGAAGAACACUGUUUAGACAGUGUAGAAACCUCUUCUAAGAGGUUAGAAGUCCAUUGAACUAAAUUUAUUUGGUCCCUUGUUGUAAUCCGAAGAAUGGAAAGAUAUAAAAUUUUGGAAGAGCUUGGCGAUGGCACUUGUGGUAGUGUAUAUAAAGCCCUAAAUAUUGGAACAUCUGAAAUUGUUGCAGUCAAGAAAAUGAAGAGGAAAUUCUAUUAUUGGGAGGAAUGUGUGAACCUACGAGAAGUAAAGUCCCUCCGCAAAUUAAAUCAUCCUAACAUCAUCAAAUUAAUGGAGAUUGUCCAAGAAAACAAUGAGCUUUUCUUCAUAUUCGAGUACAUGGAACAUAAUUUGUAUCAAAUAAUGAAAGAACGGCAAAAAUCCUUUUCAGAAGAAGAGAUUAGAGGGUUGAUGACUCAGGUUCUGCAAGGGCUUGCAUAUGUGCAUAAAAAUGGAUAUUUUCACCGGGAUCUAAAACCUGAGAAUUUGCUAGUGACAAAUAACACAAUAAAAAUUGCUGACUUUGGACUGGCUAGGGAACUCUCCUCAAUGCCUCCUUUUACUGAUUAUGUUUCCACACGCUGGUAUCGAGCACCAGAAAUCUUGUUGCAAUCUUCAUCGUACACUCCUGCUAUUGAUAUGUGGGCGGUUGGUGCAAUACUGGCUGAGCUAUUCACUUUGUGCCCUAUUUUUCCUGGGCAAAGUGAGAUAGAUCAGUUGUAUAAGAUAUGCUGUGUUCUUGGGGCACCAGAUUGGAAUACCUUUCCAGGAGCGAGGAACAUUGCUAGAUUAGUUGAUAUCGGUUAUUCUGAAAUUAUGCCUGCCAAUCUUUCAGAUGUUAUUCCAAAUGCAAGCUUGGAGGCAAUUGACUUGAUCAAGCAACUUUGUUCAUGGGACCCGUUAAAGAGGCCAACCGCAGAUCAAUGCUUACAGCAUCCAUUUUUCCAUGUUGGCAAGUGGAUACCUCAUCCGCCUGGGGAUCUGCUCCAACUGAGAUUAAGUAAUUGUGGAUCAAAACCAAAUCUCGAACUGAACCUCUGGGACUAUGGCACUUCAAGGGAUGAUUGUUUUCUUGGCUUGACUCUGGCAGUGAACCCCAGUGCUUCAAACUUGGAUAGGGUCAACAAAAGCCAAUGUACAGGAGAGGAUAUUAUGUUUUGCUCUGGUGUUCACGAUCAAUCUCAACAAUCAGUUUUCUGGUCAUUGUUUCCCCCUGAUCACCAUGGGAUUACUGCACCAGUAGACCCUUCCCUGUCAUUAUCUUUCAGUUCAAUGCCACAUUCGACAAUUGAAGCAACAGCACAAUCGGCAGGGUUUGGGAUGGCAUCGUUGCAGACCAGCAUCCUAGACUGUCCACUGCUGGCAAUGUCCUCGCCUUUCCAACAGGGUUAAUAUCUUUGAGAUCAUAUCAAAUUUCCUCAAGACAAAUUAUCAGAACAACACGCUUAGAGUGCUUGUAAUUAUAUUAUUUAAUUCUGUACAAAAAUUUUAGGAAUAAUUUUCAUCUGGAUCCAACACUUAUUCAAGUUGGGCAUGUAUAAUAUUUAUUGAUAUGCCCGUCUUAGUUGUUAAAACAUUUUUCAAAAGUUGUAUUUGGUCACAACUUUGAUUUGCAAUGGUAAUUUCUCUCAAAAUUGAUA